GGCCGUUGACCUCCGCGCCUGCGUGCGGCCUGCCCAACCGCUCCCCCCUUCGGCCUCCAACUCGUAAUAAUCAUUUCUCUCUUCCCUCUCCAGGAAAGGAAAGGUAGAAGUUGUCCUUUCGAAGACACUGUUGCCAGUGGUGAGACCGAAUCCGUCAGUAAAAGAAGGAAACGGCAGCCAAGGCCAGUUUCGACCCGAGAAGGAGCCUUCUCGGCAGCCCGGGCCUGUUGAUCCAGCUGCCAGGAGGAGCUAGCAACUGGGGUGUGAUGGAGCAGCAUCCUUGCCCUGUGGAAGCGGAGGAAGAGGAGGAGGAGGAGGAAGAGGAGGAGGAGGAGGAGGAAGAGGCAGAGGGAGAGGGAGAGGGAGAGGAAGAUUCCGGCCCAGAGAGCGCCUUCGGGAAGAGCCCCUUCCAGCUGACAGCUGAGGACGUCUAUGACAUCUCGUACGUGGUGGGCAGAGAGCUCAUGGCCAUCAGCGGAGAGCCCCGGGAGGUGCCCAGCAGGGUAGCCCGGCUCCAGUUCCGAAUCGUGCGGGUCCUGGAGAUGCUGGAAACUCUGGUCAACCAGUGUAACCUGACCACGGAGGAGCUGAAGAUGGAGAGAGACAAUCUGAGACAGGAGGUGGAGGGGCUCAGGAGAGAGGGGCCACCGGCCUCCUCGGCAGAGGUGAAGCUCGGGCCAGACAAAAUGGUGAUCGACCUGUCUGAUCCAAACCGGCCCCGCUUUACCCUGCAGGAGCUGAGAGAUGUCCUGCAAGAACGAAACAAGCUCAAAUCCCAGUUGCUUGUUGCCCAAGAGGAACUGCAGUGCUACAAGAGUGGUCUCAUCUCGCCAACGGAAGGUCCAGUGGUAAGAAGGGAAAGUGAACCCCAGGGGGUCACCAGUGGAACCAGCGCAAGUGGAGGAAGAGCAGAGAAAACAAUCAUAAAGAGAUUGCCCUCUGCUCCUCCUAAAAACAAGUCUCACACAGGUCAAGAAACAAACAAGUUAAGAAAAUCAUUCAUGUGUAAGUUAACAAGGCAAAGCCAACCUGUUAAUCAGAAAGCUAUUUUUUUUGACUCGGACGGGAAACAUGCUAAACCAACUGAAGGAGAUUCUGCUAUGAAGAAGCUUUUUGAAUAAUAAUAAUAAAAAAAUCACUGGAAACUAGCAUUUUUUAAAAAAAUGACAAUUAGCAAUUCAGUAAGUGAAAAAAGGUGAAAAAAGACUACGCCAAAGUAACUCAGCAAUAAAUAUUUAUUUUUUUUUACACUCACAAA